UUGAUUAUCGAUUUUCAGGCCGUUGCUACCGUAGUGAUAUUUGGAUUGUUCGUGUUUUUCUUCGUAGAAAUAUUCGUCUCCCACUCACUUGUAUAUAAGCAUCACACAACCGCGUUGAGCUUCAACUAUGAUGCUGCUCGUAAGUGUUUCGAGCAAAUCCGUGAGCCAAUGACUAAGGCUAUCGACUAUGCGCCACCGGAGAGCCGCAAAUGGUACCGAAAAAGAGAUUUCGAGUUCUUCAAAUUGGCUUUAUACAGUCGUCUCGAUAAAAUGCUUGACCAAGCCGGUGUUCUCAACCAAGUUCUCGAAUUCACGAAAACGUCGAGAAAGUUCACUGGAUGUCAAAUGCAUUGUCUUGCUAAGAUUUCACCAGUUGGCUGCCAAGAAAAGAAUCAUUGUGGGUUGAAUGAACCAUCAGAUGAGGCCAUUGUGGAGAGCAUGGUGCAAUGUUCAAUCCAGAAUGGAGUCAAUACUGAAGCUAUCCGAAACCUCUGCCGUUGCCUCGCACAAGCCGGCAACUCAAUAGACGACGAUGAGGUUGAGCAAACAAACCGGUCGGCACAUCGAUGCCAGUCGUCGUGA